AAUUCAGAAAAAGCAGAUGAAGUUAAUGGAAUCAACUUUGAUAUAGAAGAUGAGAAAUCUCAACUCUACUGUGAAUGCAUAAUAAAAAAAUUCAACGCUGUUGACGAAGACGGAAACUUUAACGAAAAUGUAGUUCGAGAAGUAACGACUAUAUAUUUAGACGAAAAUGAUAUUAAUCAAUUAGUCGCCGAAUGUUCAUCUGUUUAUACUGAUGCCAACAUACAUCUAAAAUUUAGUAAAUUAAUGAAGUGUUUUGAGAAAUAUAAAACAAUGAAGGAAAUACUAAAUCUCUAAAUCUGUUCAAUUAUUAAAAGAAAAAAAGAUUUAUUUAUAAGUAAUAAUACAAUAAAUUUUUUUACUUUGAUUAUACUUUUAACUUUGAAAAUAUUUAAAUAAUUAUAUUAAUAUUAUUUAUAUAUAUUAAUAUUAAUAAUAUUAAUAUUAAUAUACGAUUACUUAAUGUCUAAAUUUUUUAUUAUCUAUCCAAAUAUUAUGUAUUAUGUUUCUUUUCUGUUUUUACAAAUUGUUUAUUCUUAUUAGUUAAUCUGAUACGUAAUUAUCUAUUUCUAAAUUCUUUUGUAAUCGAUUUCGAAAUACUUCUAUAUUAAAAUUAAGAACUAUCCAA